UCCUCGGUUCGCAUGUUUGCAAUCUACGCAUGCGCCUGCUGCUACUGGAGUCGGUUUUGUCCAUUUUUAAAGUCGACCUCUGUGCUUGCUGCUUGUGCAAUGUAAAGUCAACGAGGCUCCUGUCUUCCGCGUAAUCAAGUCCUAAUGAUUAAGUCGUGGCGAGCGCACGUUCAGUGUACUUAUGCUAGUAUAUUGGCAUUUACAGGCUACUAUGAUAUAAAAAUACCUUGCAAAGACGACAUGGAAGCCAUCUAUGAGUACGACAUGCUGGAAGCUACCUCUCUCGCCGUGGUCGUCACCCGUCGCGCUCAGCCCCGCCGCUGCUCCCUCCAGCGCACCACAGGAAAAGCAAGAACGCACGCCGCGCGAGGGGGGCAUCGUCUCCACCUUGCUCAACCUCUCCCUGCCGCGGCGUGCACGCAGGCCGCAGGCCUCUGCGCGCAGAGAGUCGGCGGGGUCCGAUAAUAGCGUCUUCUCGGACACUGGAAGAUCUAUGAGACGCGACUCGUCAGUCGCAUCCGAGAGCGAGGGCGACAUCGAGAAGGGCCAUUCGAAGCACAGCUAUCGAGACAAGGUCAUGCUCAGGCGGGGCCGGAAGCGUCGUGAGAUCGUCCGGCACGUCGAAUCGUAUGUUCGGAGGCAGAAGUUCAUCCUGAAGCUCGCGAAGACCCUGCUCACGUUCGGCGCGCCCUCGCACCGCAUCGAAUCUCAGCUUGAGUCUGCCUCUGCCAUCCUCAAAAUGGAGGCGCGUUUCGUCCACUUUCCUAACCUGAUCAUCGUGACGUUUCUCGACUCUGAGACGCGCACGUCUGAGGUGACCUUCGUCCGCGCCGGCGGGCGCGUCGCGCUCACGGCGCUGAACAAUAUUCACGUCAUCUACCGGGACGUGCUGCACGACAAGCUCAGCGCGAGCGAGGGCACAGAGGAGCUCAACAAGCUCCUCCGGUCGCGCCCGCUGUAUAACAUCUACGUGCGGUGCCUAUUUGCAUUCACCUGCGCGUCGAUCAUCUGCGUGCUUGCGUUCGGCGGCUCGUUGCUGGACAUGUUCAUCAGCGGGGCUAGCGCCUCUGUCCUGCAGUACCUCGGCUUGAGGGCGGCGGCGAAGAGCUCGAUAUAUGCGAAUGUCUACGAGAUCUCGGUAUCGAUCAUUGUCUCCUUCCUUGCUCGAGUUCUGGGCUCGGUGCCAGGCGAGAUUUUCUGCUAUAGCUCCAUCUCGUCUGCAGGAGUGGUUCUUAUCCUGCCGGGCUUCACCAUUCUCACCAGCGCUUUGGAGCUGGCCUCAAGGAACAUCAUGUGCGGUUCCGUGAGGAUGGUUUAUGCCAUUAUCUACACGCUCUUCCUGGGGUUUGGUCUGACCAUCGGUUCGGAUUUCUACCUCCUCUUCAAUCCUGAGGCUCGCCACGUCCAAGCUGCCACAGAUAGAUUGGAAGCGCACACAUACCACGGGGCCAUCAUUGGCAAUAACGACUCACUGCCGUUGGCGCAGCUCUCUGGUACCUUCUCGUUCACCGACGUCGGUCAAACAGCAAGUCAUGUCAUAAAGGGAUGUUAUCGUGACCCCCAGUGGCCCUGGUGGCGGCAGCCAUUCCCCUGGUGGACGGCGCUUUUCCUGGUACCGCUCUACUCCCUCUGUUCGUCGCUGGCCAACCUCCAGGCCGUGCGCAGCAUCCAACUGCCGAUUAUGGUCGCAUUCUCGUGUGCUGCUUAUGCAGCGAACAGAGGGGCCAACGUGCUCAUCUCCGACCGACCGGACAUCGUGUCAGCGUUUGGUGCGGUCAUCAUCGGGCUAUGUGGCAACAUCUACUCCCGUAUUGUCGGCGGAACAGCGUUCACGUCCAUGGUCACCGGAGUUCUGUUCUUGGUCCCAUCCGCCAUUGGUAAUGGAGGUGGUCUCAUCCAGAGCUACAACACAUCAUCGCAGCAGUACUCAAACAGUUUCGACCUUGGCAUUCGUAUGAUCGAGGUGGCUAUCGGGGUCACUAUCGGUCUAUUUGCCGCUCAGAUGACUGUCUAUUCCAUGGGACGAAGGAAGAAUGCUGGCCAUUUCGCCUUCUGAAGUCUCUGCACAAGACAAACCACAAUGUCAUUAACCAGAAUACAAAUGGUGUCUUGGUCAUA